UGGAUUUCGGGAGUGACUAGGAGUAGGAGCAGCCGGGCCACCAUGAGUUUUUCCAGCGACGAGGUGAACUUCCUGGUUUACCGAUACCUGCAGGAGUCGGGCUUCCUGCACUCGGCCUAUGUGUUCGGCAUCGAGUCGCACAUCUCGCAGAGCAACAUAAACGGCGCCCUGGUUCCGCCCGCCGCCCUGCUGACCAUCCUGCAGAAGGGCCUCCUCUACACCGAGGUGGAGUGGAGCGUCGGCGAGGAUGGCGAGGUGGCGCGGCCCAUCGAGGGACUCUCUUUGAUAGACGCCGUCAUGCCGGAGGUGAAGCCGCCCAAGCCCAUUGUGAAAACGGAGCCAGGGAAGCCGGGAGCGGCAGUGGACUCCUCCUCCGCCAGCGCUGCCUCCGCUGCAGCCGCCGGUGGCAACCAGAACAGCAGCAACUCCAAGCCGGAGAUCAAAAUAGAACCAGGCACGGGAGCAGCGGGUUCAACGGCUGGUGGCAACAAGACCACAAGCACCACCGGGGGAACCAGCACGCCCACAGAUCAGACGACCAGCGAGGUGGAUUCGAGUGGGAAUGCGGCCAACAGCACUGGCGGCACUUUCGCCGGCAACAACGGAAACAAUCAGGCGAGCGCAGGAGGAGCCAAUAGCACAAGCAACCCCUCGGCUGGCGGAGAUUCAGCAGGAGCAGCCACCGGAGGGCAGAAGAAGGCUCAAAACUCCAACGAGGCACAGGGCAGCUCGUCGGGCGGCACUGCGAAUGCCACCAGCACCGAUGACGCCGCCUCCUCCACUUCCACAAACGGCAAUAGCAGCACCUCCAGCAGCGCAGAGCAGCCCGCGAGCGGAGUGACGCCCGCUGUGUCCACCUCCAAUCCCGAUGCAGCGGCAGCGGGCGGCGGAGCGACGGCGGCGGGAGCCAAGGCGCCCAGCGGAGCGGUCACGAUUCGGGUGGGCGCCCAAGGGAACAGCAGCGUGCAGGCGGGUGGCGGCUCCUCCACGGCCCAGAACUCGGCGCCCAGCGGCACCAUUUCCUCAUCCACCGGCGGAGGUGGAGGCGCCGGCACCCCCGCCGCCCUGGUGCCCAUGGAAAUAGACGAGAGCAUCGAGAUACCCGAAUCGAAGGCUCGCGUUUUGCGCGGCCACGAGAGCGAGGUGUUCAUCUGCGCCUGGAAUCCCAGCAGGGAUCUGCUGGCCAGCGGCUCCGGCGACAGUACUGCGCGGAUCUGGGACAUGUCCGAUGCAAACACCAACUCCAAUCAGCUGGUGCUGCGCCACUGCAUCCAGAAGGGCGGCGCCGAGGUGCCCAGCAACAAGGACGUCACCUCGCUGGACUGGAAUUGCGAUGGCUCCCUGCUGGCCACCGGCAGCUACGAUGGCUACGCGAGGAUCUGGAAGACCGACGGCCGACUGGCCUCCACGCUGGGCCAGCACAAGGGACCGAUCUUCGCGCUGAAGUGGAACAAGUGCGGCAACUACAUCCUGUCGGCGGGCGUGGACAAGACGACCAUCAUCUGGGACGCCUCCACGGGCCAGUGCACGCAGCAGUUCGCCUUCCACAGCGCCCCCGCCUUGGAUGUCGAUUGGCAGACUAAUUUGGCCUUUGCCUCGUGCAGCACGGAUCAGCGGAUUCAUGUGUGUCGCCUGGGGGUGAAUGAGCCCAUCAAGACCUUCAAGGGCCACACGAACGAGGUGAACGCCAUCAAGUGGUGUCCGCAGGGCCAGCUGCUGGCCUCCUGCUCGGACGACAUGACCCUGAAGAUCUGGAGCAUGAACAGGGAUCGCUGCUGCCACGAUCUGCAGGCGCACUCCAAGGAGAUCUACACGAUAAAGUGGUCGCCCACGGGGCCGGGAACGAACAAUCCCAACACGAACCUGAUCCUCGCCUCGGCCUCCUUCGAUUCCACCGUGCGGCUGUGGGAUGUGGAGCGCGGCAGCUGCAUCCACACGCUGACCAAGCACACGGAGCCCGUCUACUCGGUGGCCUUCAGUCCGGACGGCAAGCAUUUGGCCUCCGGCAGCUUCGACAAGUGCGUGCACAUCUGGAGCACGCAGACGGGGCAGCUGGUGCACAGCUACAAGGGCACCGGCGGCAUCUUCGAGGUCUGCUGGAACUCCAAGGGCACCAAGGUGGGCGCCAGUGCCUCCGACGGAAGCGUCUUCGUCCUGGAUCUGCGAAAGUUCUGAUUGGAUUUCGUCUAUUAACGCUUAAAUUAGCCGAGUCUAUUUUCGAUUUGGAAAUAGCAACCCGGCCGUAUGUAACUCCCUUCUUAGCUAUCCCGCCCUGCAAUCUGUAAUUGUAAUUGCUUUAAGUUCUAAUUAGCUGUUUAAGGUUCAACUCCCGAGAUCCCCUCGCUUUUGUCCACGUCUUUUUCGUACGCUUAGUCUCUC